AGUUCAUGGUUGUCGGGGAGAGAGUCAUCCCUGAUAAAAUAAAAGCUGCAUUAAAAUAGCACAUGACGAAGGAGGACAAAUUUCACCAUGAGGAACUGAUACACCCUUAUCAGAGGACGUAUAUGCUACACUGUUCAUUUUAAGAGGAAGUUGUUCAGAGACCAGUGUGAAAAUGAGACGGAGACAAGGAGGAGAAAUGUUUGAAUUCAGAGGGCUUAAAACGUCUUUAUAUCUGAUACUGGUGCUUCAGUUUACAGCACUAACCAAACAUAAUUGUGCCUCCUUCGUUGUCAGAGUUGGAGAUGAGGUCACUUUGCCUUGUAAAAAUGUGAGAGAUGAUCAGGUUAAAUGUGACAGUACUACCUGGCUCUUCAGUGAUUCAAGUCGGAGGACAGUAGAGCUGGUUAGAGAUGGGCAGAUUUAUAAAGAUGAGGCUUCCAAAUCUAAAUCAGACAGACUGAGUGUUACAGAGAAGUGUUCUCUGGUGAUAAAGAACGUCACGGAUGAGGAUGUUGGUCACUACGCCUGCAGACAGACUUACCAACUACAACAACGAUAUGAAGAUGAAUUGGUUUAUCUGUCUGUUAUUACCAUUACUGAACAUAAGAACGAUUCUAUGGUGACGUUAAAGUGCUCCGUGUCAACACGUGGACGGUGUGGACACACAGUGAAGUGGCUGUAUCAGGGUCAAGAUGUGGAUAAAGAUCACAAUGAGUUGAGGACAUCAAGGUCUGGCUGCUGGGCCACUGUGAGCUUUAAGACUUCUCAUUUUAUUUACUCAUCAAGUAACAAUAAGUUACUGAAGUGUAAAGUCACCGAUGAAAACACUGGAGAAGAGCAGCUGUUCCCCUUCAGCCCUCUGUCCUCAGAUUGGUGGUGGUACAUCAUUCUGGCUGUGGGUUUAACAGCACUCUUAAUAGCUGUCGUGGCACUCAUCGGAUGGAAGAGAUAUAAAGGGAACAAAAGAGAGACGGAUGAAAACAUGGCUGUUCCUGACGAUGGCGUUUCCUACGCCUCCAUCAGCUACGCCAGGGAGACCGACAGGGAAGCCCAGAUCUGGGGCGGUGAUGACGCAGUGACCUACAGCAAAGUGAAAGCUCCCUCAUCUUCUGCUGGAGCCUCGGCUGAUCCCAGCGACCUCUACGCCACCGUCAACAACUCGAACAUAUAAGACACCGCAGCAUAGCUACACUAACAUUUGAUAUCGAUACAUUUAUUAUUUAUUUUUAUUUUUAUUCAUUCCUGUGUAAAUAUUGUCUACGUAGUCCGAAUCCUGGAGAGUAUUCCAUAGUUUAUCCUCACGAUCUAGCUCAGGUACUUAGCAUGCAGCACUGUACUGCUUUUGAUACAAGUGCACAAACUUCAUCCAGCUGUUACUAUCGAGUAUUAUAGACUUGUUUUUAACAUCACGUGUUCGCCUUUUCCUCCUCUGUUGCUGUGAAAAGCUUUUUGUCCAGAAUGCCAGAAGGGGGAGUUGUAAGUUAAGUUACUAGUGCAACUUAAAAAUAAUAUUGAUAUAUAAAUUGGAUACAUUCUGUUUAAUGAACUUGUGUCAAGCACAUUAUUGUGCUGUGAUGUAUAUACUGCUUGGGGGUGUGUGAAGGUUUACGAGUUACUCUCAUUUUUUUAAAACGUUUUUUCAAGGAUGUUUGACCCUUUUCACGGAUGUCGUUGAUGUAUAUGCAAUGAGAUGAAAAUUCCCUCCUGCUGUAAAUGCAAUGUGUUCAUCGGUAUUUAA